AUUAAUUCAACAACUACAAACACGUUUAUACAACUUUAUGCAUGAAAGCUUAUUAAUCCAAAGAACCAUGGUGAAAAACUACAACUUCAUGAAAGCUUCUUUGGUAUACCUUUGCGUCACUUGUCCUCUUACUCUAGCUUCUCUUCGAGUUGGUUUCUAUAAAAACUCUUGCCCUUCGGUUGAAUCAAUUAUUCGCGAUAUUGUGGAACGUCGUUUUGUUGAAGAUAAGUCUGUUGCUUCAGCCUUACUUCGUAUGCAUUACCAUGAUUGUUUUAUCAGGGGUUGUGAUGCUUCUCUGCUCAUAGACUCAACCCACAGCAACCAAGCAGAGAAAGCAGCAGGGGCUAACUUUGGUGUUCGAGGAUACGAACUCAUAGACAAAAUCAAGGCCACCCUAGAAGAUAAGUGUCCACAAACAGUCUCUUGUGCAGACAUCAUAGCACUAGCAACUCGAGAUGCUGUAGGCCUAGCAGGAGGCCCAAAGUACGACGUGCCAACAGGCCGAAGAGACGGGCUCAUUUCAAGAUCCAGUGAGGUGAACCUGCCCGGCCCAUCAUCCACUGUCUCGGAGGCUCGACUAGCCUUUAAAGCUCAUGGGUUAACCCUCAAUGAGAUGGUCAUAAUCUUGGGAGCUCACACUGUUGGAACUGCUCAUUGCAGUUUCUUUCAGGACAGGCUAUCGAACUUUCGAGGAAGUGGUGCAGCAGAUCCUAAAAUAGACCAAGAAUUGCUCAAGAAGUUGAAGAAGAUAUGUGGGUUAAAGAGUGAGGAUCGUACUGCAUUUUUAGACCAAAACACGUCGUUUGUGUUUGAUAACAUGUACUACAAGCAGAUUGUUAGGCGGAAAGGUGUGCUACAGAUUGACCAGGCGAUUGCAGAGGACAAAGCGAGUUCUGUGUUUGUAGCAAAGUUGGCUGCAAAUAAUGGGUUGUUUCGACGACAUUUUACAAAGGUGAUUGUCAAGCUAGGGAGUUUGCUAGUGCUUGAGGGUAAUGAAGGGGAAAUAAGAAGAAAUUGUAGAGUUCAAAAUGGUUAAAAAAGUUUAGUAUGUUGGACUUGUAUGAUACAGUAAUACCUUAGGAAAAAUUCCUAGGCAUUUCAAUACAUAAUAAACUUCUGAAGAGACUGUUAAAUGCUCAAUCAUGAUUUAGUAUGUAUACUUAGUAGAAUGAAAGUAUUUUCAAUAUAUGUCAUCCUCAUCAACAAUCAUCAUGUUCGUUCAUUCAAUCAUUCAGAAUUACAAAAUUGAUACUUGGUUGUAAGAACCUUCUCUAAAAGAUAAGCUCAUCAUGCUCAAAUCUCAAUGCUUGUUAUAAUAGAUGUAAAAAUAUUAACAAACAACGACGAAAAAGAACACAGAUAUACAUGGUUCAUUAACAAUAAAUUAACAUCCACAUGUAGGCAACAUAAUCUUGAGGAAUAAUACAAAUUACAGUAUAUGAUGGCCUAAAAAAGAGUUUAUAUAGUACUCCCAAAACAAAAACGAAAAAGGCCUUAAAAACAAGCCUAAACAUAAAACCGUAGCCCAAUAUAGCAGGAAAUUACUAAAUCCCUAUGCUAGGUCGUUCAUAAGGGAUAAGGGUAAACAUAUUGUUCAAAGCAUAUUCUAACACUCGGUUAGAGAUUAGAGAUCAAGACAUUCCAAAUCAUUCUGAAUGUAAAAGGGCAGUUUA